AUGGCUGCCCCGAAUGUUCCAGCCCUGGCAAACAUUCCCUCGGCUGAUCAGGAAUCGUAUGAAGAGCAGAAUGUCCAUGAAGUGUACCAACAAAUUGCCAGUCAUUUUUCCUCCACUCGUUAUAAGCCUUGGCCCAUUGUGGAACAGUUUCUCAGAGGUUUAGAGCCCGGUUCCGUUGGUUUGGAUGUGGGAUGUGGCAAUGGCAAGUAUCUGGCCGUGAACCGCGAGGUCUUUAUUGUUGCUUCGGAUAGAUCCGCGAAUUUGGCCCAAAUUGCACAAAAGCAUCAGCCACAUUCAACCAUCAUAGCCGAUAUUCUCCACCUCCCACAUCCCGAUUCCUUUUUCGACUUCGCCAUCUCGAUUGCUGUCGUCCACCACCUGUCCACUCCUGAACGAAGGGUUCAAGCUAUUCGCGAGAUCCUGCGUACGCUGAAACCUGCUACCGAAGAUUCUCCGGGCGGGAGAGCGCUGAUCUAUGCUUGGGCCCUGGAACAGAAAAGCAGCCGUAGAGGUUGGGACAAAGGUGAUCCGCAAGAUAUAAUGGUUCCCUGGGUCAUGAAGGGAACCCCUUCUGCGGACGCUCCUUCCAACGAGCCCAAGGUGUUCCAUCGGUAUUACCACCUUUACAAGGAGUCGGAACUCGAGCAGGAUAUCAACAAGGCGGGAGGCCAUGUCCUGGAAUCAGGAUAUGAGAAAGACAAUUGGUGGGCGAUCGCAACACGGACAAACCCAGGAUCACCAUGA